CCGUUCAGCGUGGUACAGAGGAGCUUAUAUCGCGUGUCGGUCGAUCGGUCGUUCGGCAGUCAGCAGUGCAAGUUGCGAAGUUUUGAAUCCGCGGAAUCGAAAGCGGCGUGUUUUUUUCUUUUGCGUGUUUAUUACGCGUUCAGACGAUCAAUAGCUAUUUGGCCAGAGGUUAAGGGCCCGCAUGAGCCGGCCGGUUGUGUUCGAUGAUUUAGAGAAACAAACGAAGCAGUGCAGUUGGGGAAUUUGUGAUUUGUGUGCGCAAUCUGUACGCCCCUUUGCAGAGUGAUAAGAUUUUUAGUAGUGAGUCACAACUGUGGUGUUGGUGCGAAUCGAGGUGAUAACGAAGCUCACGUGUUGUUAAAUAUUGUAAAUCGGCUAGACCGCGAAGUGAUGAGUCAUUGAUUUGAAGUGUAAGCAAGUUUGUUUAAAUUCUCGCAGAGUUCGAAAAUUGGUCAAGGUCAGCGUCUCUGGAGCAGGAGCGGGUGAUAAGAAACCCGUCAAAUUAGUUGUUCAUCGAAAAUUGGCAAUGAUUGGCGUUUGAAGAAAGUGGUGAUGUAAAUAAAAAUCUAUUUAAUGUGUGUUCCUUUUUAUUUUUAACCAGUUCAACAUCGAGAUAAGAUUUGGGGGGAUUCCUGGCUAUGUGUAUAUGAUAUAUCAAUUCGACACAACUGAGUGAUCACAGCUAAUAAUAAACCUAUUAAACGACAACGAACCACACACGGGCGUCGUUGGUAGUCUAUUCACGCUAAUAGGAUAUAUAAUUAGUGCUAAACGAAGCAGAAUCGCUACAGGAAACAACCAUCCGAAACCACAUUCUGACCAGUACGGAACUCCCUAGAAGAGUCGACAGUGAAGGCUGAAGAAGCCAAUCCACGAAACCUAAUCCGGUGCCAGAUACAAACGUAAUACCCAAAAAUAACACUUGUCGCCCAGUUUUUCACCCACUUUGGCUGGAACGGAACCCUUAAAACGGAAUCAGCGUACAACCGUGUGUCCUUGUGCCAGUAGUUGAACCCAAAGGAUUCUUGCUGAAUUUCUCGUAGUGUUGUUCUUGGGAGAGGAGAUUUCGCGGGAGGUGCCGAAGUUCACGGAGGAGGAUUAAUUAUCAUAAAUCAAACGUAAGGCCACUGAGCGUUAAUCUGAUACGCACCUCAAAUUUCCUCCAACUAAAGUGCUGCUCUAGCAGAUGAUUAGUCAGCCCGGCGGAAACCGGCCCUGGUGCGGCGGACUGUGACCGUUUCUGCUCGAGAGUCAGGAAAAAGGUGACGACUAAUUGUAACAUAAUGGAAUACAAGCACACCUUGAACCUCACAACCACCGCAACUCGAGUCCAGCUUCCGUGCCACCAGUGCCAUCGUCGUCGUCAUCACCAGUGUCAUCAGUGCCAGCAGAACCAGAUCCAGCCCAACAGGCUCACGGUGCGAGCUUAGCAGUUGUCGCAGCAACUUUCCAGAGCGCAGUGGAAUACGACGAGUCCGGGUAUCCCGCGUUCCGACCCGCAACCGUACUGCAGUACAGAUCUUCUACACCAGAUAUAAAAGACUAUGCUCAUUCGCCGGUAGUGUAAACGAGUAGAAGGACAUCAUCACAAACAGCACAGUCGUCACCUGUCCGUUCACACACGCACCUACGAAGCAGCAACGAACCAUCAAAAUGCAAACAAAAAUUACGCAAAUCAUCCCGACCGCCCUGGUUUUACUGGCGGUCACCUGUUUUCUGCUGCCCAUCGGGCGUGCAGGGCUCGCCAACUGCCCUCUUGGGUGUCAAUGCGAUGACGACACUCUGGUGGUAACCUGCGGCGAAGGCCAUUUGGACGUCCUACCGAUAGUCCUCAAUCCAUCGCUACAAAGGCUGGUAAUCAAAAACAAUAAAAUCAAAACCAUCGAUUCGUCGAUGCAGUUCUACGCCGAGCUUACCUUCCUGGAUUUGAGCUACAACCACCUGUUCAACAUGCCGCCACGUACCUUUGCCUAUCAGAAAAAGUUAACCGAGCUACACUUAAAUCACAACAAGGUGGGCUCGAUCUCCAACAAAACAUUCCUAGGGCUUGAAUCGCUAGCGAUCCUGAACUUACGAGGAAACUUCCUAGACGAACUGAGCGAAGGUGUGUUUUCUGGUUUGAAAAAACUAGAGGAGCUCAAUCUCGGACAGAACCGGAUCAGUAGAAUCGAUCCGAAGGCCUUCGAGGGCCUCGCCAAUCUGCGGGUGCUCUAUCUGGACGACAACACCCUGAGUGCCGUACCAUCUGCAGCGUUCGGUCCGCUCAUAAGCUUAGCUGAGCUGUACUUGGGGAUCAAUUCGUUUACGAAUAUUCCCAUGAACGCCUUCACGAACCUGAGCAAGCUAACGCAUUUGGAUUUGAAGGGAGCCGCCCUGUCCAAUGUAACGGGAGAAAGUUUCAGCGGUUUGGAGGGCUUGCGGACGCUUGAUCUGUCCGAUAAUCGACUGAGCAGAAUUCCCACGCUUGAGCUGAUGCCACUAUCUAGGCUAGAGGAGCUGGCUUUGGGGCAGAAUGAUUUCGACAGUAUUCCGAUGGCUGCAUUUGCCGGAAUGAGUAAUUUAAGAAAACUGGACAUAUCAGGCUCGUUGAAAUUGAACCGAAUCGAGAGUGGCGCUUUUUCAGCUAAUGCCAACUUGGAGGAAAUUAUCAUCGCAUCGAAUAAAGCACUGGUUGAGAUUCAUGAUGGUGCCCUAGGGGGUUUACCACAUUUGAAACGGCUCGUACUGAAGGACAACGCGCUGACGACUCUCUCCGAUGGGUUGUUUUCGUGGAACGAACUUGUCGAUUUGGAUUUAUCGGAAAACCCAAUCGUGUGCGAUUGUCGCAUUUUGUGGCUUAGAAAUUUGCUGGUGAACAAAAGCAACAGUAGCCAAAAUCAGAUUCCGGUAAUUUGUGCCUCGCCAGACCGUCUGCGAGAGCAGGUACUGCAGGCUCUGUCACCGGAUCUGUUAGGUUGUACCCACGCCGACCCACGCCAGCAGGCCAUUAUUGGAGGGGUGCUGGUUGCUGCUGCCGCCAUUGUGACGGCCCUAGCACUGGUGAUCUACAAAUGUCGCAGAAGAAUCCGAGAGCUGGUUAAGGGCGGCUGGGGAAACAGCGCUAUCGGUCGGAAGGAGCGCGAGUACCAGAAGACUUUUUCCGAGGAGGAUUACAUGGGUCGACAUCCGAACCCAUGCGGUGUGAGUGUGCACACGACCACGCUAAAUAACUACCAAAUCAACAACCACCAUUCGCAUGGAAUCCGCCACAUACCGGUGACGGAGCUAUAGCUAGAGGCUCCCCCUCCACCGCCUCGGAGGGGAGGUUCGCAGCAUCAAAUCUGCCCCGGCAACAACUGCAACGGGACGGCCACAACGUUCCUCCAGCUCAGCCAGGAGCAUCUGAAGCAGCCGGGAAUGAAACUGUUUCCCAAUUACACC